UGCUCGUCUUCAACAAUUAGAACUUCAGUUCAAGUUUAAAGCUUGCUUGAAUUUGGGUCAGAAAUAGGUUUUGUUUUUAAGCUUUGGAUGCAAUGGCUAACACAGUUGAGGGGGACAACUUGCCUGGGGAUCUCCUAGAUUUGGUAUUUUCCUGGUCACUUGACGACGUUCUCGAUGGCAAUCUGUACAAGGAAAAGGUGGAAAAAAUACCCACAAACUUCCAUUCAGUAUCGCAGUACUUCAGGUCAUUCAUGUUCCCUCUGCUUGAGGAAACAAGAAUGGGACUUUGUUCUAGCAUGGAGACAAUUACUACCUCUCUUAUCUCUGAAGUAAUUUGGAUCAAGUAUAAGGAUUAUAAUACUAUGACGCGGCGGGGUCUUUAUGAUGUUAAGGUUGGCUCUUGGAAGAACAGAUAUAAUGCUAGUAGGGAUGAGACUUACAGCCCGUCACCCGGAGACAUUCUCAUACUCUCGAACGUCAAGCCGGAGACUGUCACCGAUCUCAGUCGUUUCGGGAGUAGAUACGUUCUUGCUUCCGUAACGAGAGUAAAAGACGAGGAGGAUGUUGAUGAAGAUGACAACGAGCAACUUCCGGACUUUACGGUUUCGCCGUCGCGUGCAUUGGACGGCGACGGUGAGCUGGAGAAGUACCGCCAUGCAAUUUUCUUGGCUAACAUCACAACCAACAGCAGGGUUUGGUCUGCCCUCGGGUUGGGUCGAGGCUUGGGGUCGGAGACAAACAUCAUCCAGAGAGUUCUCGCUGGACAUUCAUUGAGGGCUGAUGAUUCCUGCGAUGAGUGCCCUGCGGGCGGGCUUGAUACUUCGGCAAGUAACUACCCUGACCUGAACGAUUCGCAGAGAGGUGCAAUAACUGACUUGAUUGCAACUGCUCAAUGCAAGCACAGAUCUUCAGUUAAGCUCAUAUGGGGUCCGCCUGGCACCGGUAAAACAAAAACUCUUAGCAGUUUGCUGUGCACCCUUUUGACGAUGAAACACAGAGUCCUCGUAUGCGCGCCAACAAAUGUUGCGAUUACAGAGGUGGCUUCCCGCGUUCUGAAAUUAGUUCAAAACAGUUGUUUAGCGGCCAGAAGGGCUGGAUUCUCGUGCUAUUCACUUGGAGACAUCGUUCUGUUUGGUGACAAGAACCGGCUAAAAGUUGAUGAUAAUCUACGUGAUAUAUUCAUUGACUAUCGCACAGAUAGACUAUUGCGGUGUUUGUCUGGAUGGAGACAUCAUGCUUCAUCUAUGAUACAAUUUCUCGAGUCCUGUGUUUAUAGGCAUCACAUAGAUGGAGGUGACGCUACUUUUCUUGACUUUGUCACCGAAAGGUUUAGUUGUUUGGCAUUCCCUCUUAAGACCUGCAUGGUCAGUUUGUGCACACACCUGACAACUUCCACGAUCUCAAGGGAAAACUUCGAUUAUAUAUCCACUCUUAUAAACCUGCUUGAUGCUUUUGAAAGCUUGAUACACCAAGCUAAUGUGAGUGAUGGAGAACAGCUGUGUGAACCUCAUCUUGCUACUACCCAAAGCCCUAAUGGAUCCAUUCUGUACAGCACUGGAUAUCAGCUUCUACAUACUUUGAGGUCCCUCUGUAAGAAUGUCCAAACUCCAACUUUUCAAAAGGAUAAAAGACAAGUGCACGUUGUCCAGUCGUUUUGCUUGAAUACAGCGUCUCUCAUCUUUUGCACUGCUUCAACUUCUUUUCGGCUAUAUUCUAAGAAAUUAAAGCUCGCUCCGCUAGAUUUGUUAGUUAUUGAUGAAGCAGGUCAGUUGAAAGAAUCGGAAUCUACAAUUCCAGUGCAAUUGCCUGGUAUCCAGCAUGCUAUUCUUAUCGGUGAUGAACGCCAGCUCCCUGCUACAAUUAAGAGCAAGGUCUCGGAGGGAGUUGGUUUCGGACGAAGUCUAUUUGAAAGAUUAAGUGCACUGGGACAUCCAAAACACCUUGUUCAGAUCCAAUACAGGAUGCAUCCUUCUAUUAGCUUAUUCCCUAAUGCCAAGUUCUAUGGUGGACAAAUUUUAGAUGGUGCCAAUGUCCAGCGCCCAUCAUAUGAAAAGUUUUAUCUUCCUGGAAAAAUGUAUGGUCCUUUUUCCGUCAUCAAUGUUGUUGAUGGAAGAGAAGAACAUGAUGAUGUUGGACACAGUCUAAAGAACAUGGUAGAGGUUGCUGUUAUAUUUCAAAUCAUACAGAGACUUUAUAAAGCUUGCUGUACCAUGACACAGAAGCUUACAGUUGGAGUAAUAUCUCCAUAUUCUGCUCAAGUUGCAGCAAUUCAAGAGAAACUCAGGAAUAUGCCAACAAAUGAUUAUUUUGUGGUUACUGUCAAAUCAGUUGAUGGAUUUCAAGGAGGGGAAAAAGAUCUCAUCAUAAUAUCAACUGUUCGGGCAAAUGAAAACGGUUGCAUAGGGUUUGUUUCCAAUCGCCAAAGAGCCAACGUUGCUUUAACAAGGGCAAGGCAUUGUCUGUGGAUUAUUGGUAAUGGAGCUACUUUAGCUAAAAGUGACUCUGUCUGGAAAUCAUUAGUCCACAAUGCAAAGCAGCGUGCAUGUUUUUUUGAUGCUGAUGAAGAUAAAGUCCUGGCAAAAACCAUUCUGCAGACCAAGAAAGAGUUGGACCAGAUGGAUGAUUUGCUCAGCAGAGAUUCGUUACUUUUCAGAAAUGCUUUAUGGAAGGUUCUCUUCAGUGGAGACUUCAUUAAGUCCUUUGUUGAUAUAAGAUCUGUCCAACUGAAAAAGGGUGUUAUUCAUCUCUUGCUGAAGCUUGCUAGCGGAUGGCGUCCAAAAAGAUCCAAUGCUUUCUUUACGAGUGAAAGUUCCUCACAGCAUAUAAUGCAAUUUAAGAUUGAAAAUUUCUGCAUUAUUUGCACUAUUGAUAUAAUGAAGUAUUCAAGGCAUACACAAGUGUUGAAGAUCUGGGAUAUCUUACCGCUGUCACGUAUUCCAAAUUUAGUUAAGCGCUUAGACUCCAUCUUCAAAACAUACUCUGAUGAAUACGUGAAUCUGUGCAGAACAAAAUCUGUCGACUACAGGAACAUGGAAGUUCCAACAACAUGGGAUGCUAAUACAAGCUUUCUCAAGCACAAAAUCCUACUUACUGAGGAACCAACUGAGAAGCUAUCAGAUUGCGGAACAAUUGAAUGUGUGAAUUUUGUUGAGAAUUCGAAGACUGCAUUUAUUCUUGGAAGAUCAGGAACUGGAAAGACCACUGUUUUGACAAUGAAGUUAAUAAAAAAGGAACAAAUGUGGUAUUUUUCAUCUGGAGGGCAUAGUGAUUUGCUUAUCGAAAAUUCUGGAAGUCCAUGGAAGCCAUCUGAAGGACUGGUGUCAGAUGAGAAUUUCUUGCGUCAACUAUUUGUAACUGUUAGUCCAAAGCUCUGUUCAGCUGUCAGUAACCACAUUGAGCGUUUGAAGAGCUUCUUAUGUGGCGGUGAAUAUUCAUCCAAGACUGGUAUUGAUAUGUAUGAUAUUGGUGAUAGCCUAAAUGCUUUCUCAGACAUCCCUGACUCAUUUAAGAAUAUCACACAGAAGCACUAUCCCCUUAUAAUAACCUUUCAGAAGUUUCUGGUAAUGCUUGAUGGAAGUUUGGGGAAUUCAUUUUUUGAUAAGUUUGAUGAUGGUGAGCUCUCGCUUAAAAGAACUGGAGUUUCAAGAUCUUUUGCUUUGCAAACACUUAUAAGAAAGAAGGAGGUCACGUAUCCCAGAUUUUUAUCAUCAUACUGGCCUCACUUUAAUACCCAGCUGACCAAGAAGCUUGAUUCUUCAGUUGUUUUCACGGAGAUAAUUUCUCAUUUAAAAGGUGACAUUACGUCUAAUGUGCCUUUUGAUAGCUGGCUCGACAGAGAGGCUUAUGUUGGUCUAUCUGAACGGCGUGCAUCUUCAUUAAACUGUGAUGCUAGGGAAAUUAUAUAUGAUAUUUUUCUAGCUUAUGAAAAGACGAAGCGUAGAAAUAGAGAGUUUGACAUGUCUGAUUUAGUAUGUGAUCUUCAUCGCAGAGCCAGAGUAUAUGGUAGAAAUGUGGGUGUCCAAAUGGAUUUUGUAUAUAUUGAUGAAGUUCAGGAUCUUACCAUGAGACAGAUCUCUCUUUUUAAAUAUGUGUGCAAAAAUUUUUCUGAAGGGUUUGUGUUUGCAGGCGAUACUGCUCAAACUAUUGCCCGGGGUGUUGAUUUCCGAUUUGAAGAUAUAAGGUCUUUGUUUUACAGUGUGUUCCUCCAAGAUCCUAGUUGUGAUCAUAUGAAAAGCUUUAAAGGAAAACGCAAGUCUAUUUCUGAUAUGUUUCAUUUGAACCAAAACUUCCGGACACAUGCUGGUGUGCUAAAAUUGGCUCAAAGUGUAAUUGACAUUCUUUGCUUCUAUUUUCCUCACUCACUUGAUCGCUUACAGCCAGAGACAAGUCUUAUAUUUGGAGAACCACCAAUUCUGCUGCGAUCUAGAUGUGAUGAAAAUGCAUUGAUGACUCUUUUUGGUCAUUCCACAGACAGCAGCUGUAGCCAUUUUAAUGGUUUUGGAGCAGAUCAAGUUAUACUUGUGCGUGACGAGUUAUCUAAGCAAAAAGUUCCUGAAGAUGUUCGGAAACAUGCACUUGUUUUGACAAUACUUGAAUGCAAAGGCUUGGAGUUCCAGGAUGUUCUGGUGUACAACUUCUUUGGAGACUCACCUUUACAAAACCAUUGGAGAGUGAUUUAUGAUUAUAUGAACUCACAUUGUCUACUGGAUCCCAGUACAAAUUCAUUCCAAAGAUUUGAAAUUGCGCAUCACAAUAUUCUUUGUUCUGAAUUGAAGCAAUUAUAUGUUGCCAUCACUCGCACUAGGCAAAGGUUAUGGAUAUGCGAGAAUCAUGAGGAUUACUCACAACCUAUGUUUGAUUACUGGAAUAAGCUGGGCCUUGUUAAAUUUAGAUGGCUGGAUAGCUCUUUUGCUCAGUCUAUGUUCGUUGCAAGCAGCAGUGAGGAUUGGAGAGACCGUGGUAUUAAGUUAUUUAAUGAGGGAAACUAUGAAAUGGCUACUAUCUGCUUUGAACAUGCUGGAGAUACCUUUAGGGAGAAGUGGUCUCGGGCUUCCAGUCUUCGUGCUUCUGCUGAGCAUAUUAUUAAUUCAGACGACAAGAAUGGACGUCAUUUACUCAUUGAAGCUGCUAAGAUUUAUGAAAGUAUUGGCAAAGUAGAAUUAGAAGCCAGUUGCUAUAUUGAGUUGAAGGAUUUUCAAAAAGCAGGCACCAUUUAUUUGGAGAAAUGCGGCGACUCUAGGCUUCAGGAUGCAGGGCAUUGCUUUUCCCAGGCUGGAUGUUGGUCACUUGCAGCCAAGGCAUAUGCUAAGGGGAACUAUUACUCUGAGUGCUUGUCCGUUUGCUCUCGGGGUAACCUAUUGGAUGUAGGAUUGCGUUAUAUUGAGCAUUGGAGAGGAUGCCGAACAUCUGAUAUUAUAGAAGCAGGUAGAGUACACUGGGAAGAGAGAGAAUUUGUAUUUUUGGAAAGGUGUGCUGCUCACUAUCACAAGCUUAAAGAUUCAAAACAUAUGAUGAAAUUUGUUAAAGCUUUCAACUCCAUAAGUAAAGCGCGCACAUUCCUAAAGGAGAGAGAAUGUCUUGAUGAAUUAUUUUCAAUGGAGGUAGAAUUAAAGAACUUUGUGGAAGCUGCAGAUAUCGCACAAUUGAAUGGUAAUCUUAUUCUUCAAGCUGAUAUGCUUGAAAAGGCUGGGAAAUUUGAACCAUCCGCGAGGGUAAUUCUUCUCUAUGUUGUCAUGAAUUCUCUCUGGACAACUGGAAGUAAUGGGUGGCCCCUAAAGGAAUUUAAGCAGAAGGGAGAUAUGUUAAAGAGAGCCAAAGUUUUGGCUGAGAAAAGUUCACACGGCUCUUUUGAAUCAAUUGUUCUGGAGAUCAGCAUACUAGAAGAUACAACAAAAGGCUUGGGAGAUCUUGCAAGAAUCCUGAAUGUUCCUCAAAGACUUAAGAACAUGAAGACACAAGUUUUUUCUUCUCGUAAAAUUCUUGAUCUCCAUAUGAAGUCUGAUCCUUCAAAGUUUCAUUUGGAAACUGAAAUUGAUGACAAUUCCGAGAGACAGGUAACUAAGAUGCUACAGAAUAUUGUCUCUUCGGAGACGAUGGUGUUUGUUUGGAAUAUCUGGAGGGAAAAUGUUUGUAGUCUUUUAGACUUUCUUCAGAAGUUUGAUGAUCUUCCUAAAGAAGGAAGUGGGAGACCCGAAGUUUUUUGUAUGAAUUACUUCGGCUUUCACAGAAAGUAUGAGAAGAAUUAUGUUGCCUGCAAUGCAGAUUCUCUAUGGUUGAGUCAGAGUGACCUCAGAUCCUUUAAGAGGUAUGGGAAACUGGCACUUGUUAAAAAUGACCUGUUUGUUCUUGCUUCAGAGAGUUACUGGGUUUCAGAAUUAGUUUCUGUUGGUAUGAGAGUAUUGAGGUGUCUUGAAGAACUCAACUGGUUCUCCAUAAGAAACGGUAUUCCUUCGGGGAGUCGAGGUGUAGUUCUGCUGCGUAUCUACCAGUUGUCAAAGUUUCUGAUCAAUUUUCGACCGACCCACACAAAAUCACAUUUCAAUAAAUUACAAAAUACCCUUGCUGAAACACUGAGAUCUUUUGUGGGCGUUGUUUUUCCUGUAGAUUGGAGACCUGAAAUAAAGAAGAAUGCCAUUUGUCUGCGAGAGAAGGACCUUGUGAAGGAAUUAUUGAUGGAUGCUCUCAUUGAUGCCAUCACUGGAAAACUGACAUAUGGCAAGAUUGGUAGGGCUGCAAUGAUUAUCAUGGCCACUGAGAAGCUAAGUAAGGGAGCUUAUGAAACUAUCAUGAACCGUUUGGAUGAUAUGGGCCCUUGGAAACCAUUCAUAGAACAUCUGAGCAAGAAGGAACCAGAAUGUAGGAAUAUGUCGCUUGUGUCGAGCCUCCAAGCUGCACUGGGGAGUACAUUUCUAAUCAACUGGAAGAAAGAAGUAGAUUAUAUAUCUCCUCCUUGUCUCCUAUAUCUAAUAGAACAGCUGCUAUUUAUGGUGUCAGCUCGUGGAUGCUAUUUCUAUACAACGAAAGGUUCCUUUGCUGAGGCAAUUGGUUGUUCGGAUACAUUUUGCUGUGUUAAUACUGAUUCCUAUGACCAAGUUUUCUUUAUGAAAUCGUUUAGUUGUUUCACAUACUUGAUACAACAGUUGCUAUUUGAUCAGCCAGGGAUGAUUCACUGGAUCAAGGCAUCCAAACUAAAUGCGAACAAUUACUAUCCAUCAAUGGUACUCAAAUUGGUUAUUAUGAUUGUUCUUGUCUACCUGAACUCGGGACAGCUACUUAACAUUCUCCUGAAUGUGUUGAAACAUAAGGGUAUAGUUUCGGUACUUCCUGGAGCAUUUCGUAAUUUACUUCGCUAUGUAGGAUGGGAUGAGUUCCAUAGUGUAUUUGCUUCAGCCCUCAUGACUAUUGGCGAUCCAUUAGUGAUAGUAAGCUUGACUGGUAAGCCCCUCAAGUUUACAUGUGGGAAUGCUCUCUUUGUAGAUAUGAGCAUCACAAGAAGCAGACAGGGUCUAAUGGAUGUGCUUUUUCCAAAAAGUAGAGCCUCAAUGCUUGAAUCCGGGUCUUCAAGCAUUGCUGGGGCUUCUUCUGAUUAUAAUGUUCUUGAAACUAAAUUUGCUUCAACUUUGGAGAUUUCUGAGAAGGAAAUUAGUUCGAAAGACGAGGUCCAGAAUCUCUUUUCAGCUUUUGAUGCGUUUCUGUUGGAACAGAGUAAAACCAGCAACAACAACAGUAUCAAAAUUGUUGCCCCUAAUCUCAAGAUGGAGGUGGAGAAAUUGUUGCCAGUUCUUAACUUUCAAGUGAAGAGCUUGAACCGGAGCGAGCUUCAUGAUGGUGAUGAAGAGCUGCUGUUAGAAAUACAGCUUCUGAUUGAUGUGCUGACAGAACUUUCUGACCUGCUUAACUUGAGUGAAGACGAACUUAAGAAGAACAUGUUACGUUUUGAUGAACUAGUGGACGAGUUGCAGAAAACGAGACCAAGGCUCCAAUUAUAUGCUAAUUUGUUGAUAAGGAAAGGAGUUGAUGCUUCUGGGGAUAGUUCAACUUCAACCACAGCUGCUUGUGCGAAAAAUGAUCUCGGGGAUAAUUCAGCUACUGCUGCUUCUGCGAAAAAUGGUCUCGAGAAAAAAGCGUCCCCUAACAAGCCCAAACAACAGAGGAAGAACAAAAAGAAGCCGAGGAAAGGACGAAAGUAG